UUGAAUUUCUCAGGAGUCCACACCCCCGGAGGAGGAGAAACCAAAACUCACUAAUCCUCACUUUGAUGACAACACCACUUUCAACAACAUUUUGUCACACACGUCUCAACAGAAGGCAGAAACAUGUCUGUAUCAAAGUACCUGAAUCAGGACUACGAGGUCCUCCGGAGUCAGUGUUUGAGGGAAAACAAAAUAUUCCGCGAUCCUCAUUUCCCAGCUGCGCCUGAGUCUCUGGGCUUUAAUGUAUUAGGACCCAAUUCAGCCAAGACCAAGGGGGUGGAAUGGAAAAGGCCUGGGUAUAAAGGAAAGCAGGAUGUCUGCCUUGGACCUGAAGAUCUGCAGAGGCCGGUGGCUCAAAACGAAUUCGUGAACAGUCGGGAGGUGUGUCAACGCCUCGACCGUCCACUUGAUGAAUACGUCAUCAUUCCAGCCAUCUUUGAGUCGAACAAAGAAGCCAGUUUCCUGUUGCGGGUGUUUUCUGAGAAGUAGGCUGCCUGAUAUAUAAUCACUAAAUAUACACGUGCAAAUUAACCAG